AUGGCCGCAGAGUCUGGCGAGCUGGCUGAGGUGCUUGCGGAAGCCACUGGCACGAAGCCAGCCACGGAUGACGUGCUGCGGACAGCGGCGAGGGAUGCACUGCUGCGAGGUGCCCAGUCGGGACAGCUGCUCGCAGAGCUGCGCCGAGGCAAGACGCGGAGUCUCCCAGGCUCACCGUUGAGCCGGCCUCCUCAAGGCUCCACUCCGGCAAGCACCGUCAUCGACGAGAUGUCCGAGGCAGCCAGCGACGUGCAGCGCAAGGCAACCCUGCACACCUCGGUCGCGGCAUGUCUCGUGCAGGACUCCGCCGUUCAAUGCUUCGGAGCCCAACAACUCACAAUAUUUGGCGGCAGUUUUGAGUGA